UUUUCACUCAUCAUUAGUAGAAAUACAUUGGCGACGAUCGAAUAGAGACAAACUUUUGUUGGCUAAAUUCCGAAAUAUUAAUUCAAUAAAAUGGGCUCACCAUUGUUCUCAAUUGCAACACUUAAAAAGCAUCCAGCUUUGAUUCCGCUCGUAGUCAUCAUUGGAGUUGGUGGUAUGUUGUCUGGUGGCAUUAUUUUGCGAUUGGCCACUCAAAGCCCAGAUGUUACAUGGAGUCGUAACGCUAAUCCAGAACCAUGGGAAAAAUACCGCAACAAGCAGUACAAGUUGUACUCACCAAAUAUUGAUUACUCGAAAUUGGAGUGCCCAGCUCCAGACUACAGAAAAGGUGUUGAAGAAAGUAAAUAAAUCAUCCAAUACAAUAUUUGUCAUAGAAUAAAUUUAAUUUCACCGAAUUGAAAUAAACAAAGUAAAUGAUUAGGAGAGCAGCCAUUUUGUUUUUCCAACAAGAGCGCAAAUAUUGAAACCAACAUUUUCAAAACUAAUACCUAAUCAUGAAUGAAUAUUUGCUGAUGAAAAUGUAGUGACUGUCAUUAUAAACAAAAAUAAAUGAAGCAAAAAAAAAAUAUUAA